GUCGCAUAGUCACCACCGGGAACAAAUCAAUAAUUAUUGCAGCCGGUUUUCUAAUUUUAGACUUAUUUUUCAGUGUACGGCGUUUACAAACCUCAAAGUCUCAAGUAUGCCUCGCCGUCGUCCAUCCGGUAAGAGUAAUUCUCGCUCGAAGCCGCGGCCAGUGGAUCGCAAGGACAGCAAAAUAAAACGGUGGAACAAGGCUUCUGAUAUUGAGUUAGACGAAGAGGAUCAGUUCCAUGCGUCCAGGGAUAAGAUUCUUUUGAAUGGAGAUGGAGAUGUCGAGGAUGAAGACGGGGACGAAGACGAGGUUUUUGCUCUCGAAGGGGUAUCAGACGAGGAUUCAGAGGAAGCUGAAGACGAGGACGACGGCGGACUUGCACAUGAUGAAGAGGGAGACGACGAAGAAGACCUAGUCGUCACCAAGAGCAAAAGUAAAACCAAGACAAAGUUGAAGAAGGCAUCAUCUCCUUCAGAUACUGGAUCUGAGGAUGAAUCUUGGGGCCGAAGCAAGUCAGCGUAUUACUCCUCCAAUGCUGCCCAGAUCGACUCGGAAGACGAAGAGGCAAACGAGUUGGAGGAACAGGAAGCACGUAAACUUCAGCUGAAGGCUCGGGAUGCUAUUCAUGAGGACGAUUUUGGAUUGGGCGAAGGUCUCGAACCAGCAUCCGAUGCUGAGGUUGAAGAUUCCCUAGAGGAACAAUCAGGGCCCACAAUUGAUAUAUCAUUAAACGACAAGAAGUCCAUCUUGCAGCACCUAGAAAGAGAAAAUCCAGAAGCUCUUGCCUUGGCCCGUGACUGGGAUGAUACGGCCCGUAAUCUCAUCGAAAUGCAGGCAAAAAUUGCAGCAACAUCGGAGAAAGAAACUGACGGAAUUGAACUCGGACUUCUGCACGUAUACUAUCAGGCUCUCCUGACCUAUGCUACUACCCUCGCGUACUAUCUUCACCUUCGCUCCUCGGAGAAAUACGCAGGUCGUCCUCUACUCCUGAGACAGCACCCUGUCCUAAAUCGCUUGCUCACUCUCAAGCAAUCACUCGUCAUGCUAGAAAAUCUGGGCGUUGGCACCAAUUCGCACGAUGAAGACGACGACGACGACGAAGACGAUUACGCCGAACCAGGAUCUGACACACCUGACUUAUGGAGCAUCUUGAUGACGAAGGGUCUCGAAUCUGACGAGCUUGUAGAUCUGUUGAUGGACGCAGAGAGCAAACCCAAAAAGCCAUCCAAGAAAGACAAGAUCGAAACUAAGCCUCCCAAGAAAAAACGCAAGACUUCCGAUGAUAAAAUUGGACAACCAAUCUUUGACCUCGUCGAGCCAGACUUUGAGGCGGCCUCGACUUUUGCAAAGAAGAAGCGUUCGGCCCCCGUUGACACUGCUAGCACAGACGCAUUUGGUGAAGCCACGUUUCUACAACACGCUGACGCCACCGACAAACAGGCACGCAAGAAGAGCUUGCGUUUCCAUGUGUCACGCAUUGAAAGUGCUGCUGCGCGGCGCCAGAACGCUCGUGUCAAUGCAGUGGGCGGUGAUGAUGACAUUCCUUACCGCGAACGAAGGAAAGAAAAGGAACAGAGAAUGGAGAAAGAGCGGCAGCGAAAGGCCGGAACUCUGGGAAUGGGCGGAGAUGACCUGGAUGGUGUGGAUCCCGAAAUUACUGACGCAAGCAACCACAGCAAAAAGAGACGGAGAGAUGUUGAUAUUGAGGAUGAUGAUGAUAGCGACACGGCUGCAGCACACGGCUAUUACGAACUCGUAAAACGUCAAGCCGCGGACAAGAAGAACAAGAAAAAGAUGGAGUACGAGGAGGCUCGGGCGGCCGAGCGACUUGUCUUUGGUGAACAUGAUGAGGCAUCUGGCCCGCGCUCGGUCACGCGGGCCAUUAUGAAAAAUAAGGGACUAACGCCGCACAGGUCAAAGAGUGUACGCAAUCCGCGUUCACAGCGUGCUGUUUACAAAGGUGGUAUCGGCGAUGCCUCAAAAUAUACAGGCGAGCAGUCUGGUAUAUCCAAAGUUAUCAAAAGCGUCCGCCUGGGAUGA